CAGGGGUGCUCAAUGUGUUGGGGGGCAGGGGCCCCUCCGGUUCCAACGUGUCAGGGUGUUUUUCCCCACAUCCUGAGUGGGGUUCUUGCGUUCCCAGAGCGAACAUAGCGGAAACGCUGCCGCAGCAGCUAGACGAUGCCAUCAAGGAGUGCCACUAUCCUACGACGCCGCCACGAAAAUGAGCCCAGAGGAGCUUUUCGAGCUGAUCCCCGUGUCCUCCCCGAUGACGCACAAGGUCGAUGGAUGCGAUCUCAUCGCAAGGUGGUGGUGCGCAACGCCGAGCUGCGCGCGCCAGGGUCAGGUCAGCUGCUCAUCGGCGGCCUGAGCCUCAGCCUGUCCCGCGGCGAGCGCCUGCUGGUCGUGGGGCCCUCGGGCUGCGGCAAGACGUCGCUGCUGCGCAUGAUCGCUGGCCUCUGGCAGCCGACGGAGGGCGCCCUGGAGGAGGCGCCCCCAGCGGGGCAGCUGUUCUUCGUUCCCCAGAAGCCGUACAUGACCCUGGGCAGCCUGAGGGAGCAGCUCUCGUACCCAAGGGGCCAGGAC